AUGUCAUCGUCUUCGGUUCCGAAUAACCCUUUUUUUCUGGGUACUCAGAUCCAAUCAUCAUCCACAGGAAGUGAUAGUCGCAGAAUAUCUUCUUCUCUAGUGGACGAAACCAGAAAGCUGGACGAAUACAAGCCACCGGAAGCAAAACGUCUUCGUAGUAACUUUUCAUCACCACAGAAAGCUGGAAUCUUAAAAGCUGCAACGAGAGCAUCAAUACCAAACAUGGAUGAAGCACCCGCUAAUGAAUGUGAUGCGAAAAAGUUUUCUGGAACUUUAAUGGAAUCGGAAGAACCAGUGCAUGAUGCUAGAAUUUAUAGGCGUUCAAGUAUAUUAACAAGAAAUGUGGCUCAAACCAACACUAAAAAAUUGGUUAUUCAUGGUUUUAAACAAAAUGUGCCAGGUAAUGCUGAAGAAAGUGAUCCUUUUGAAACUAAAUGGCAUCCGCUUGAAGUCGCAGUUUUGGCAAUACAAAAGAAGAUGAAAGCAGAAAUAUCUUUAGAGCAGCUUUAUGAAAUCUGUUGUGCUGAUCUCUCUUGUUUCAUGCUCGUGAAAUUCAUAGCGGUCAUUAAAUGA